AUGGGGUCGGAACCAAAAUCUUCGAUGAGGCACUAUGCUAUCCUAAUCGGUAUCUGUUUCACCCCACUUGAACGGCGCAGCGAAUGGCAACCGCUCAAAGGAUGUGUCCAAGACGUUCAAAGCAUGAGGAAGCAACUUAUGAAGUCUUUUCCUCAUUCUGACACCCAGGUACUCACAGCGAGCCUCCAGCACCCUGAUGAUGCUCGCCCAUCGGGGAGCGUCGUGCGUGACAGGCUUGAUCCUUUGGUUAAAUACUUGCCCUACAAUCUUGCAGUGGAUGUGGCCCAUCCUCCAGAACCAGAUCCUGCGCCGAACGAGGAGAACGAGGACGCAGGUCCCGUGUACCGAGCGGCGUCAUCCCGGCUCAACUGGUUGAUUGAUCCGGAGGGCUAUGUUGUACUUGCUGCAUGUGGGCCGACAGAAAAGGCUAUGGAGCUGGACUUUGGAAACGGGCAAUUCUAUGGGGCGUUGUCCUACUUCCUAGUCAGAGCCUUCAUCCGACGGGGAGGUGUCGGCGGCAAACAUCAAUACAUAUACUCACAUAUCGUAUCACGAUUUCGAGAAAAGUGCCCCAAUCAGCGGCCUAUGCUUUACGGAAACAACACCCUCAGUUUCUUCACAGACUCCACGUUUCCGUGGCACGCAGCCCCGAUUCCGGUCGUCAAAACCGCGACAGGUCUUCAACUUGAAGCUGGUCUAGCUCAUGGCAUUAGCUCCGAGGACUUCUUCGCGAUUGAUCCAGACGAUCCUACUUCGGACCUUACCAUAGCAUCGACAUCAAGUCCCCUAACGUUCAAGGCCACAGAGGUCCGUGGUCUAACUUCAGACUUGGAGUUGCUAGACUCGAACGCCGGGGCUUUCACAGCCGCGUCAGGUUUGACUGCGACAGCAAUCACUCGCUUGUCUCUACGCAGAUUUACUAUCGGGCUUAACUUGCAGAUUCCACGUUCCGAAGUAUGGUCGAAAGCCGUGCAUGAUCGAGUGUCGCUGCACAUCACUUAUGUCGACGGGACCGAGGACGCCACUACCUUUACAUUCAUCGUCACCGUUUUAACGAACGAUUAUUACCAGAUUCGAGAAUAUGGCGACCUUAUUCCGGAUAAACUCUUGCCAAAGUCUAUGUAUCCUCUGGAAGAGAAUGCAGAGUUCGUGCUAGAUGUUAUGGAGCACGUGGCCCAAUAUUGGGAUAUAUACAACUUGCGCGAGCCAAACUACUCGGAAAAUCCACUGCGAGAACAGUUUGGUGUCUCACUCGUGGCUAGUGAUGAUAGAAAUUACCACUCACAAUGUUGUCAUCCCACCACCCACCCUAUGGCUCUGGUUAAAGAUGGGGAUUCGCUCGAAUUGGUCGUGUUGAACUGGGGCUUGUCGGCACUCUACGUCAAUGUCUUUGCUAUGGGGGCAAUAUGGGAUGUCGAGGAUCUCCUGUACGCUAACCACGAAGUUAUUCCUCAGCGGCUCAGUUACAACGCCCUAGAAUUUUUUAACAACACUAGCCAUAACAGUGGCGAAUGGAGGUUGAAGAUACGGAUGUCCUUGCCUAAGGAGUUGGGUGACAGUAUAGAAAGGUGCGACGAUUAUAUCAAGGUCUGCAUCACCUCGCAGCCAACCUCGUUCACGUCGUUGGAGCAACCUAAUCUUGGCGAGUUUUUAACACUCCGGCGGAAGAACAGACACAGACACAGACGAGGGGAGCAAGAUACAAGUGCUUCACUGGAGGCCUGGGCCAUGCUUACCUUUCCGGUGCAUACUUAUGAGGCUGGAGCUUGGGAAGACAUGAUGAGAGAUCCUUGGGAACGAACUUGACUUGCCAGUUGAGGACCUUGACUAGCG